AUGAACUCCCUGGAUGGCUUUGUAUUUGCACUAAAUCAAGAAGGAAAAUUUUUGUACAUUUCUGAAACGGUCUCCAUCUACCUAGGCCUCUCGCAAGUGGAGCUGACAGGCAGCAGCGUCUUUGACUAUGUCCACCCCGGGGACCACGUGGAGAUGGCAGAGCAGCUGGGCAUGAAGCUCCCGCCUGGGCGGGGUCUCCUCUCGCAGGGCACCGCAGAGGACGGAGCCAGCUCAGCAUCUUCCUCUUCUCAGUCAGAGACCCCUGAGCCAGUGGAGUCAACCAGCCCCAGUCUGCUAACCACUGACAACACCCUUGAGCGUUCCUUUUUCAUCCGAAUGAAAUCUACCCUGACCAAACGCGGUGUGCACAUCAAAUCAUCAGGAUAUAAGGUGAUUCACAUAACAGGCCGGCUACGCCUCAGAGUGUCGCUGUCCCAUGGGAGGACUGUCCCCAGCCAAAUCAUGGGUCUCGUGGUUGUGGCUCAUGCCUUGCCUCCCCCUACAAUCAAUGAAGUCCGAAUUGACUGCCAUAUGUUCGUCACUCGAGUAAAUAUGGACCUCAAUAUCAUUUACUGUGAAAAUAGGAUUAGUGAUUACAUGGAUCUGACUCCUGUAGACAUCGUAGGGAAAAGAUGCUAUCACUUCAUCCAUGCCGAAGACGUGGAAGGCAUCAGGCAUAGUCACCUGGACUUGCUGAAUAAGGGUCAAUGUGUGACAAAGUACUACCGAUGGAUGCAGAAGAAUGGAGGAUAUAUUUGGAUACAGUCUAGUGCCACCAUAGCUAUUAACGCCAAGAACGCAAAUGAAAAGAACAUCAUCUGGGUGAAUUAUCUUCUUAGUAAUCCCGAGUACAAGGACACACCUAUGGACAUCGCACAGCUCCCCCACCUCCCAGAGAAAACUUCUGAAUCCUCUGAGACAUCCGACUCUGAAUCAGACUCUAAAGACACCUCAGGUAUUACAGAGGACAACGAGAACUCCAAGUCCGACGAGAAGGGCAAUCAAUCGGAGAACAGCGAAGACCCGGAACCCGACCGGAAGAAGUCUGGCCACGCUUGUGACAACGACAUGAACUGCAACGAUGACGGCCACAGCUCCAGCAACCCGGACAGCCGCGACAGCGACGACAGCUUCGAGCACUCGGACUUUGAGCACCCCAAGGCGGCGGAGGACGGCUUCGGCGCGCUGGGCCCGAUGCAGAUCAAGGUGGAGCGCUACGUGGAGAGCGAGUCGGACCCGCGGCUGCAGAACUGCGAGUCGCUCACGUCGGACAGCGCCAAGGACUCGGACAGCGCGGGCGAGGCGGGCGCGCAGGCCUCCAGCAAGCACCAGAAGCGCAAGAAGAGGCGGAAACGGCAGAAGGGCGGCAGCGCCAGCCGCCGGCGCCUGUCCAGCACGUCGAGCCCCGGCGGCCUGGACGCCGGCCUGGUGGAGCCCCCGCGGCUGCUGUCCUCCCCUCACAGUGCCUCAGUGCUCAAGAUCAAGACGGAGAUCUCGGAACCCAUCAACUUCGACAACGACAGCAGCAUCUGGAACUACCCGCCCAACCGGGAGAUCUCCAGAAACGAGUCCCCCUACAGCAUGACCAAGCCCCCCAGCUCCGAGCACUUCCCGUCCCCGCAGGGCGGCGGGGGCGGCGGGGGCCUGCACGUGGCCAUCCCGGACUCGGUCCUCACCCCGCCCGGCGCCGACGGCGCGGCCGCCCGCAAGACUCAGUUCAGCGCUGCGGCCACCACGGCCUUGGCCCCGGUGGCCUCCGACCCACUGUCGCCCCCGCUCUCGGCGUCCCCGCGGGACAAGCACCCCGGGGGCGGGGGCGGCGGGGGCAGCGGGGGCGGCCCCAGCGCGUCCAACUCCUUGCUGUACACUGGGGACUUGGAGGCGCUGCAGAGGUUGCAGGCGGGCAACGUCGUGCUGCCGCUGGUGCACCGGGUGACCGGGACCCUGGCGGCCACCAGCACGGCCGCGCAGAGGGUCUACACCACCGGCACCAUCCGCUACGCGCCCGCCGAGGUGACCCUAGCCAUGCAGGGCAACCUGCUGCCCAACGCGCACGCUGUUAACUUCGUGGACGUUAACAGCCCCAGCUUUGGCCUGGAUCCCAAGACGCCCAUGGAGAUGCUCUACCACCACGUGCACCGGCUCAACAUGUCGGGACCGUUCGGCGGCGCGGUGAGCGCGGCCAGCCUGACGCAGAUGCCCGCCGGCAACGUGUUCACCACGGCCGAGGGACUCUUCUCCACGCUGCCCUUCCCGGUCUACAGCAACGGCAUCCACGCCGCACAGACUCUGGAGCGCAAGGAGGACUGA